UUUAAAACCGAUGGACAUUCCUCUUUCAAUAGAUCUUUUAACAGAAAUGCGUUUGUGGUUUUGAAACAACUGGGUGUGGAAAGACCUGCCACUGCGCAUGCGCAAAGACAAAAAGGGACAUGCCACCCGACGCUGGUCGCUGGUUUAUUGGGUAGUAUGAAGGGCAAGCUGGCUGUGCGAGACAGGAAACUAAAGAACAUGAAAUCCGCUGAACAGUAGAGCCGCGUGCAAAAAAACAAUCAAACAAGAACGGUUGAGAAGUGAAGCAGUGUGCUCGACAUUUUGAAGAUAUCGAAAAAAGCAUCAGUUCCUGGUGGAAUUCAACGCAUCAUCGGUCCCAGCAUUUUCCAGGUCCUUCGUGAUUCAUCACCUUGACAGCUUAAAGUUAAAUAAAAAAUACCCAGUUUAUUUUACUGCUAUGGUGAAUGACAUCAAAAGUCUCCAGGCCGUCUGCUCACAGAUAGCACACUCUAACCGGUGAUGUUCUGGACAUGCAGUGAUUUUCUGUUCGCUGGAAGACUCGCACCAAGCUUACGCACCUAGGCCCAAAUAUUGGCAAGUCUGUUUUCAAACAGUAGUGAAGUAUAUCAAAAGCUUAUGAGCUUUCAUAACCAUCAUAAGGUUUGUGAAGUUCUGUUGCACGAAAGAGGAAAAAGAAGAAAGAAAAGCAGCGAUGAAAUUCCAGUUGCCAGCGCUUGCUGUCUUGGUACUGACACUUUGGUGCAUUGUUAACGCAGGGUCUAUGCAAGGAAAGACUUACCUGCUCGCAGAUACUGGAUACAGAGUGACAACACACCAGGUUCAUGUACACGCCAGGUCAAAGAUUGACUGCAUCAGAACAUGUCGACAAUUUUCGAAUUGUACUUCUUUCGUCUUUGAGAAAUCGUCCGGUGAUUGUUACCUGAAUCCCAACAUCACUUCCGGAGGUGACGGAUCUGUGCACUUGUAUGCAGAUGCAGUGCCUGCAUGCAGUCCCGAGAGUAUGCCAUCGUUCAACAACGGCACCGUUGAUGUUUGGAGGCAGACGCUUACAACGCUUGAAGGGAAUGUUGCUUGCAAUGGAGAUUUUAUGAAACCCUUGAGUCCGAGGUCAAAGUUCAAUGCACGCCCAAUGAAACAUGGAAAACAAACGGAGAGUGCCUACAAUAUAUCUUUCGAAAUCCGCCCUUGCAAAGUUUCAAAAUUCCUAGACCUGUCAAAGAAGGGUGGUCAGUUUGCAUUGAAGGCACACCAACAGCAAGAAUCAGGUUUACUGUCGACCUUAUGGUCGACACCAACAACUGGAGUCUCCAUUCUGAUUACCGCUUCUCGUACUUCGGGGAAACAAAUAUCACCAUUCUCAACAAAUGUGUGGCAAAUACCUUUGGAACACGUAAAGUUGUGGGCUACUUGCCUCUCCUGGUAAACCAGCCCUUCAGGUUGCAGAUUGCUUUGAAGACCAACGACACUUUUGAGUUAACAAUAAACGGACAGCUGUACGCCAAUUUUACGAGCAGCAGUCCGCCUCCUCUACAAGUCGCCUCCGUGAAUGUGUACAACAAUGUUAGCCUGCAGCUUGUCAACGUCUGGUGCAGCCCUUGAUUGCUCCUGUACAAGAUUAUACUGCAAUGGUAGUCGCGAUAAUCUGACUACCCAACAGUUUAGUUUAUCGAGACACAAGCCUAUAAGCAUAAUCAUAAACAGAAUGAGGUUCCCAUUCUUCCCUUCGUUCUCCUUCGUCCUAUUUCCAUGAUUUAGACGAUCACAUUUCCAUAAUCAAAUUUAGACGACCUUUUUCUAGUUAGCAAAAUACCAAGAAUUUUUACCAGUUCAACUUUAAUUUGGUCGCUGCUGUGAAUGUGUACAACAAUGUGAACAUGCAGCUUGUCAUCCGUGUGCACGGAAUGUGGCUACAAACCUUCAACAUCAGGAGUUGCUUACAACAUCAAGGUACCACCCAGUGAGAUAUAGUCAGGCAUACCCAAGGACAGUCGGGUAUUUCAAGAACGGAAGGGAGGAGUUUGGAAAUUGUAUCGUCUGUAUGUUGUGAUAAACUAUACUAACAAUUAAAGUUUCUUUCUUGUG